AUGAGUUCAAACUACGCCUCUGAAUUUGUGAAGUCGCGAAUCCUGCCCCACAAUCGAAGUCAAGCUAUCAUCAACUUGGAUGAGUUCGGCUCCGCUAAUUACAUCGGUUUAGCGCCACAGACACGUGAGGUGAACAAAAAGCCGGCAAAAGGGAGGAAAAAGCCGCGACUUUUGCCUCAAUUUCGUGGACAAACUGCAAAACAGCUGAAGCGACUCUUGAGACGGGAGCAAAGCGCAGAUUCGCGACGUGAAAUGACCUGUCCCAUUAAUCUGCCGCGGAGGUUAAAUGAUUUGUGGAACAGCUAUGCGAAAUCGCUUGUCAAUUGGACGGAAUUUACUGAUGGUGGCAAAGUUACAAAUAGACUGGAGAAUGUGCUUAGGAUGGAUUUGAUUGGCGCACGAAUGCGGGUUCUUCGGUCGAUUUCUACGAAACAGGUUGAUUUGGAGGGUGUUGUAACAAUGGAGACUCGAAAUAUCUUCUACUUAGCCACAGAAGAUGACAGCAACACUACUGCACAACUUCACAUUGUGCCUAAAAGGGGCACGGUGUUGUUACUUCUAAUGCCGGGGGCGGAGGUGGCGUUGAACGGGAGCUCCCUAGCUUACCGACCAAUUGAUAGGACACUGAGAAAGUGGAAAUUAAACUCCAAUGCCGGGACCAAGAAACGCAAGGGAGCGUUGCAAAUGGAUCUGUUUACUGAUUUCCUAUUUUCUGUGACGGAUCCUGUGAAUAAUGUGAUAUAUGGCUGA